UUCCCAGUAAAUGUGAAAAGGCACGGGAGCUGUUCUGCACCGUGAGGACACACAUAUCUGAUCUGAAGACCAAAUUUCCUGUGGAGCAGUAUUACAGGUUUCAUGAACACUGGCGCUUCGUCCUGCAGCGUUUGGCCUUCCUGGCAGCCUUCGUCGUUUACCUGGAAAGUGAAGCUCUGGUCACUCGGGAGGAGGUAGCUCGGAUACUUGGGAUUGAGGUUGUGCGAGAGAAGGGCUUCCACCUGGAUGUGGAGGAUUACCUGGCAGGUGUCCUGAUCAUGGCCAGUGAGCUG